UGGCGGUUGCGGCAGCGGUUGCAUCCGCGCGGUUACAACCGCGAUAGCGUUCACAUUUUCCGCAAAUUUCACGACAGUCAGUAGUAUGGAGUUGACAGAAACAGUUGCCAUAAUUUACGCUCUUAAAAUUAAGAAAUCUAAACGAAAAAGAAGGUACUGGGUCCAUCCGUUAUACGAAAGGCGUUUGACAAAUGGUCAGUUUCAUUGCCUUUUUCAUCGGUUGAGGGAAUAUCCCAAAAAGUUUUUUAAUUAUGACAGAAUGAGCGUUACGUCUUUUGAUGAAUAAGUGACGUUGAUGAGACCUCACUUGCAAAAGUCAAAUAGUCACUUUAGAGAUUGCAUCACUGUGGAAGAAAGAUUAACAGUCACUAUAAGGUAUCUCGCGACUGGAAUGCAUUUUGCUGCUUUGCAGUAUUCAUAUUUAAUGGGAAGAAGUACAAUCGCAAUGAUCAUUAAUGAAUCUUGUCGUGCAAUAUGGACUAUAUUACAACCACUAGAAAUGCCCGAACCUACUGUUGAAAAAUGGAAAGAAAUAGCAGAGGAAUUUGAUCAGAAAUCUAAUUUCCCCCACUGCUUUGGGGCAGUCGAUGGGAAACAUAUUCGUAUAAUGUCACCAGAACAUAGCGGAUCGGCAUUUUUUAAUUACAAGAAAUAUUUUUCGCUCGUACUUAUGGCGAUUUCUGAUGCAAACUAUUGCUUCACAGUAAUAGAUGUAGGAGCAUACGGACAGGAGUCCGAUUGCAAUGUUUCUAGGCAAAGUACUGUUGGAAGAAAGUUGUAUAACAGUGAGCUUAUAAUACCCAGUCCAUCAGUUUUGGCAGAUAAUUCUGACCAACGUAUUUAUCCCUAUGUAUUGGUGGGCGAUGAAGCUUUUGCUUUACAUCAAAAUUUAUUAAGGCCAUAUCCAAGACGUAAUCUGAACGAGAAUAAAAGGAUUUUCAAUUACAGAUUAACAAGAGCUAGGAGGUUCGUGGAAUCUGCCUUUGGCAUUCUGGCCAAAAAGUGGCGUGUGUUUCAUACUAGCAUAUUAGUGAAACCAGAUUUUGCAGCGCUGGUAAUAAAAGCAGCUUGUGUCUUGCAUAACUUUGUUCGAAAACGGGACGGAUACAAAUUUGAAGACACGUUAACUUGCUCCUUAAAUGAUAUAGAUGUACAUGGGACUGGAGGACAACAACUACGAGGACAACAUGUCAGAGUUCUUUUUACCGAGUAUUUUGAAUCGCCUGAAGGCAGUUUGAGUUGGCAAAAUGCUAUGAUAUAGAUAAGUAUUAGUGUAUUGUGUUUAUUUAAUAGAUAGGUAUAUUAUUACCUUUGUAAACAAUUAUUAUAUUAAAACACUUUCUGUACAUAUAUAUGAAGUAUUUUUCUUACCUUUUAAUAUUAUUUCUUCCGGAGUCGACAAAUUUUGAUCCGAAUACAUUUCCUCCAAAACCUCCUGCCAAGCAUUAAUUUUUUUAUCCCGAUUUUUGUAUUCCUUGUCAGAAACAUCCCACAAACACGUCCGAUUUUGCACCAAAAUAAUAAAUUUUUCUGUGUCGAAUAUAUCCAUGGUUCAAAAAUGAUCUGAUCUCGUUCUUGGCCAUGCGGUUAAUGUGAACACGUAGUCAAGAAACAACACGUUGAAUUUCCGACCGCGAACCGCGCAACCGCGGUAAGAUGCGGUUGAGAAGGUGAUUGCGGCCAUUUGGCGGCUAAUGUAUUGCCACUCCAUAUUAAUCCAUAUAUUUUACAGAAUAGCGGUUGCAACCGCUGCCGCAACCGCUGCCGCAACCGCCAAUGUGUCGCCGGCCUUAGUGAUCAUGAGCAUGGUUU